AUGAAUAAUAUUAUUGCACAAGAAGAUGCAAAUUCAAGUACUGAAGAAAAUUGCUCUAUGACACCUAAUAUUGGUAGUAGCGGCGAGAUUGGCAAUCGUUCAUCACCAUAUAGUGAUAAAUCGUUUGAUAGAAUAAAUCAAACAACAUCCAGUGAUGGUUCAAAUAUUCGAAUGCAGUCAUCCACACCUGUUUACGAUCCAAAUAUACCGAUUGGUUAUCAAUUACACUAUUUCCCAUAUACUAUUGAACGAUUAAUUGGUAUUGUUGGCACUUUGAACCGAAAUAUUAAUCAAUUGAAUCAAGAUAUGCAACAUUUAAAAACCAACUUUUGUUACCAACGUAUUGGUAGUGUUAACGGUGAUUCUCAAGGCAAAAAUGACUAA